UGGUGUCAGCUCGGCUCCCUCUGUCAGGAGGAGGAUUCUGCGGGUUGGAGAAUGGAGUCACUCCUUCACAUGAAUGGGUUAUUAAAGCUUUUUCAGUAGCUACAGCAACAGCUACACCUCCUCUCUUUGAGGAUUAACGGAGGCGGCCGGUUUCACGGCUGCUGUCAGGAAACACGGGGCUAGCUUAGCUGGACUUGUUUUGCUACAUAGCCAGUUAGCUCUUGGCUAGUCGGUUAGCUAGCUGCCUGUCACCGCUAACUUGAAAAGGCAGUGCUUUCAUCGCUGUGCUCAGGAAACCGGCGUGAAUCACAUGUCCAGCGAGGGCUUCUCUCCCCGGGAGACUCCGGGAACGAGUCACUGUCACAAUGUGUCCGAGCUCAGUGUCACCGAGUAACGGAACAAGCCUCCGAUAAGUAGCUCGUUAUACUGGGGUAGCUCGGUAGACAUAGCUCUAGCUCAGCACCGUCCACACCUCAGGCAGCGGAGCACAGUGAGAGGACUGUCAGGCUUUGGUUUAGACGAGCUAACGGGACCAGCAUCAGCUAAUCGAGGAUAACCAGCAUAGGACGAGAUACCGUGUCCCAGGACCAUGGCGAACGUCACAGACCUGCAGACCAAAUACAGCAAGCUGGCACAGGAGUACUCCAAGCUCCGUGCCCAGAAUCAGGUGCUGAAGAAGGGAGUGGUAGAUGAACAGGCCAACUCUGUCUCGCUAAAGGAGCAGCUGAAGCAGAGGGACCAGAGCCUGAGGAAACAGGAGCAGGAGAUGGACAGUCUCAGCUUCAGGAACCAACAACUAGCCAAGAGGGUGGAGCUGCUGCAAGAGGAGCUAACCACCAGAGAAGCCAAGGGCAAAAAGGGGAAGAGUAAAGGAGACUCUCCCUCACAGCACGGCCUGCAGACACAGAGUGUAUUUGAUGAGGACCUGCAGAAGAAGAUAGUAGAAAAUGAGCGACUUCAUAUCCAAUUUUAUGAAGCAGAUGAGCAGCAUAGGAGGCAGGAGGCUGAGCUGAGCACACGACUCCAGGAGCUGGAGAAAGACUCUGAUCAGCACCAGGCUGUUGUGGAAGGACUCACCACUAAGUACAUGGAAAAUAUCGAGCGGCUGCAGAGCGACAAGGCGCGUUUAGAGGUGAAAGCACAGACUCUGGAGAGGGAAGCAAAAGAGUGCAGAAUGCGAACAGAAGAGUGUCAGCAGCAGCUGAGGCGGUGCCAGUCGGAGCUGAACAAACAGGUGAAACAGAGCAGCAGUGUUAUCCAGGAGAAAGUGCCCUUCAAUGACACCAAAUUUAGUGACUACAACAGCCUCAAUGUUCCACCCCACAAUCGACGGCACCAGCUUAAGUCCCGGGAUGUGGCAGGUCAGGCUUUGAGCUUCAUUCAGGACCUGGUCGCUGCUCUGUUGAACUUCCACUCGUACACCGAGCAGAGAGUUCACAUCUAUCCCCUGGACUCCUCCAUUGAGCCCAUCUCCCCGCUGAACCAGAAGUUUUCUCAGUACCUUCAUGAGAAUGCAGCCUAUGUGCGCCCCCUGGAGGACAGCUUCCUGCAGUUACACCAAAGCAUCACAGAGGACACUGUCACAGUAUUGGAGACUGUGGUGAAGCUGAAGACCUUUGCUGAUAAUUUCUCCUCGUACACCCACUUCCUGCAAAAGAUCCUUCCCUACCAGCUGAAAAGCCUUGAAGAAGAGAGUGCGGCGACUCUUAGUACUGCUGCUCUCACUGCGAAAAACCAGGAGCUGCAGAGCGACAUGAAGAGAAUUACAUCUGUGUUUGAUAAACUGAAGAACUACAUUAACCUUUUGGCCUUACCCAGUGUUCAGCAGGACGCCAUGCCACAGAGCAGCACCUCCGCUGUCUUCACCCAGCUGGCCGCCUGCCUACACAGUCUCCACGAUGCCAUUAAAGAGAUGUCAAAGCACUACAACCAGAAGGCCGGCUUAGAGCAGGAGCUCCCCACCAUCACCCAGAAGCUUUGCACCACCUCAGAGUGUCUGCUGGGAUCUCUGGGCUCGCUGACCAGCAGCACUGGCAAGAUCGCCACUUUCUUCAGCAACAACUUGGACUUCUUCACAUCCUCAGGCUACAGUCCGAGAACCAGCACACAAGCCCUCAACCCCUUACAAGCGGAGAGUAUGUUGGCCAACAAAAAGAAAGCAGCCGCUUAUAUUCAAGCGAUCAAAAAGCCCAGGCCACAGACCGUUGCAUACAAAGAAGCCCUGACAAACCGUCGUGUACUCACCAGUUCCACCGAGAGCAGAGAGGGUCUCACUCAACAGGUGAUGCAGAGCCAGGAGAAGAUCGCUCGGCUGGAGCAGGAGAAGGAGCACUGGCUCCUGGAGGCCCAGCUGGGGAAGGUGCGGUUGGAAAAAGAGAACCAGCGCAUUGCGGACCUGGAAGUGCAGCUCGCGGCGGCUCUAGGGGGAAGUCCAAACUCUCUGACAGCUGCAGCCAGCACGCUGGCGCAGAGCCACGAGGAAGCGGAGAUGGAGCAGAAAGCGUCAGGGAAAGAGGCUACGCUGUGCACCAGCCUGGUCGGCAUGCUGUGCACCACAUCUACAGUUGAACAAGCGGGAGACGAGGAGUCCAGGGAGCAGCUGAUAAAGACUCACUACAUGGUCCGAGUGGGAGAGCUCACCACCCAGCUGCAGAUCUCCGACAGUAAAGCUGUGCACUUCCACUCUGAGUGUCGCGCUUUGGCCAAGAGAUUAACCAUCGCAGAGAAAUCGCGUGAGACACUGAGCGAGGAGGUCAAGGUGGCAAAUCAAAACAUCACACGCUUGCAGGAUGAGCUGACUACGACUAAGAGGAGCUACGAGGACCAGCUCAGCAUGAUGAGCGACCACCUCUGCAGCAUGAACGAGACUUUGAGCAAGCAGAGGGAGGAAAUCGACACGCUCAAACUGGGCAGCAAGGGAAAUGCCAAAAAAAACAAAGGUCGCUAGAGCUACCCUCGGAACUCUGGCUCCAAUUGAUGUCACAAAGGUCACCUUGAGUGAUGAGCUGGACUGUGGAGCCUCCCGGCAGCGUCCUGGUACCAACACAACCACUGUCUCCAAACCACAGGACGGCCACAUGAGCCUCAGAUUCCUCUGCUGUCGGACAGUGGCAGUACAAGUGAGCUGCAUGGAGGCUGCAACACGUCUGACUGAAGAAGCUUCUGUUUUCCCCCUUUUCCUUGACACAGCACCAGUUAUAACAAACACAUGAUUCGCUGAAAAAUAUCUGACAUUUUCUGAAACUGCACCGGAAGCGGCUACUUGACCUUUUGGACCACGCAGAGUGGGAGAGAAACUGCUGAAACAAGGACAGAGGAAGAUAAACAGCUGACAACAGGAGAAGUUGUUCACUGAUGUCAAGACUUGAAGACCAAACCCUGUCGAAUGUUGGUGUUGCUGUAUGUGUGUUGUGUCAUUUUGUGACUGUGGCACCAGGCUUUACAACAUGUUGGUACUGUUUCACGCUUACAUUUUUUCUUUUUAUCAAAUUUGAGAGUAUUGAUUAAAAGCCUUGUUUCUACAGACAGCAAAAUACCCCUUAUAACACAAACGAACAUCAUGAGCGUCAAUGAAGAAGGGCUUUAAAACCUGAAUACACAAAUGACAAAGACACACUUGAAUGAAUUCUACAUUUUGGAAACAUUUCAAUCCUCUCGAGGAGGUGAACAAAAAAAAGAAGUCUGCCCUGAAGCUCUGAUUAAUGGUUUCUACUGAGACAGAAAGAGUGAGAUGGGCAGGUUGAAGCUCGUAAAACGGUGUCAGUCUGUCUCUGUCUCUGUGAAGUCACUCUGUAUCAAGUAUUUUUAUCACCAAAGUAAGUGUGGAUGUGCAACGGUGAGGCCACGGUCUCUACAUUCUUGUUGUGAUAUGUAUGGCUAAAAAGGGUUAAUAUGAAUAUACACUCAAUUCAAAUCAUGAUAUAAUUGUCCUGUAUAAUUUUUGCAAAAUAUAUAUAAAAGGCAUUUAUUCAGAGGUCACAAAUCUUUAUUUUAACAUAAAAUUGGGAAAACUAAAUCUGCAUUAAUUUAUCUGAACAAGCCUGAUUCCUGGUUGUGUCGUACAGGAGUCAACACAGUGCUGCUUGGGCAACCCGAUUCAUGAGUCAUGGCAAAGUGCAGUGAACAUUUGCAGUAAGAGAGAACGUCUCCGGCCUGUAGUGACAGGAGACUGCUGAAAGAAAAAAAAAAAGCCCAGCAGUGAUGAUGACUAUUCAAACCUUCUCAACCUGCCAGCAAAACUCUUAAUCACCCAGAUUUACCAACACAGCCCUGAACUGAUAAAAGAAUACUUGAUUCUCACAGUGUAACCCAUUGCAAAGCACAUUUAAAUAUGUGUCAGAUAAUAAAGAGCUUGCUCAACACUAAAA